CUUCCAUUUCCCCCGCCUUCUCUGCCAUAGCCCCCUCCGCCUUCUCCAUCCGGGUGUUGGAGUUGGGAUAAGAGUUUGUCUGCGCCUGCGCACCCAGCACCACUCGGUUCGACCUCUGCCGCAGCCGCCAGAGAAAGAAAGACGAGAAAGCGGCGCUGAGCCGAGCCCUCGCCUCCCACCACCUGAUCCCUUCUUCUGUCGCCGCCGCCCCAACCGCUCCUAAGAUGUUCGCCUGCGCCAAGCUCGCCUGCUCCCCGGCGCUGAUCCGUGCUGGAUCCAGAAUUGUAUACAGACCAAUUUCUGCAGCAGUGUUGUCUCGACCAGAGGUCAGGACUGGAGAGGGCAACACAGUAUCUAAUGGGGCCCAGAACAGGGUGUCUCAGCUAGCACUAAGGGAGUUCCAGACCAGUGCUAUCAGCAGAGACGUUGAUACUGCUGCCAAAUUUAUUGGUGCAGGUGCUGCCACAGUAGGAGUGGCUGGUUCUGGUGCUGGUAUUGGAACUGUCUUUGGUUCUCUCAUUAUUGGUUAUGCCAGAAACCCCUCACUGAAGCAGCAGCUGUUCUCAUAUGCUAUCCUGGGAUUCGCCUUGUCUGAAGCUAUGGGUCUCUUUUGUUUGAUGGUUGCUUUCUUGAUCUUGUUUGCCCUGUAAUAAACUGCUAUUCAAAAUGUUGACAUUUAAUACAAAUUACGGAUGUAAUUCUGUGUAUCUUACUGUGGUUCCAAAAACUGUUCUGUUAGUGUCAUGGAAAUGUACAUUAUUUCCAAAGUCAUUUCAUUAAAGAUGAUAACUUUAA